AAUGCGUACAGUCCAUCCCUGCAGUCGUAGAUGGUUUUGACACGCGGACUCCACUGAACAGCGUGUGGUGCUGCUGUCUCCGUCAUCAUGCACAGGGUACAAAAAGCAUUCAUCAAACUGCUUGUGAUCAGCGCCCUCGUUCUGAUCUGUCUUCUUCUGUCACAAGAUAGGUCUGAUCUUGUAAGAAAAGCCAUUGAUCUCAAAGCUUCCUUUCAUAAUUUACCCCUUGGAGGAAGGCGACACGGGGAUGAGGACACUUCUAUUCACUUGACGGAAAGUGGCCUUGACCUUUUCAUGAAGGAAGACGAUGAUUUACCAACUGACGAUGGCAGGAGUGAAGGAGAAAUUGGUUUGGUUGUGGACACCUCGUUGGCUGCUGCUGUAUCCCGGAAGAUCCGGCUUGCCUGCUUCAUCACCACGAGGGAGGUCCACAUGGAGACGAAACUGAAGGCCGUCAAUGAGACGUGGGGCAGGAGAUGUGACAAGAUGCUGUAUGUGAUGACAACCAACAAAACAGGGCCGGACAUACUCGGGUUGAACAUCACUGACCACCAUGACACUCUCACGGAAAAGAUUGUGCAGACUUUCACGCACCUGUACACCACAUCUCUUCAGCAUUACGACUGGUUUCUCAAAGCUGACGAUGAUUCGUAUGUGAUUGUUGAGAACCUAAAGUUCUUCCUUGCACACUUGAACUCAAGUAAGCCUAUCUAUGUUGGGGAUCACUUUGUGCAUUUUUCACCAAACGGUUACAACGGUGGCGGCGCGGGGUAUGCGCUGAGUAGAGCAGCUCUCCGUCGAUUGGUCGAGCAGGGUUACAGAGUUCCCGGAAGGUGUCGUCACGCAGGCGGAAGUGAAGACAUUGAAACAGGCCGGUGUUUGUAUAAAGUUGCUGUGUCAACUUAUCUCUCUGUAGACAGGUACAACAGAUCUACCUUCCAUGCUGCCAACCCAGAAGCAUUCCUCCCCGGAGAAAACAACUUUCUGUCUGGCUUUAGUGCAACCAAAUAUAAUACGCUCCCGGAGUGCUGUUCACAGCUUACAAUCAGCUUCCACUAUGUGAACUACAAGCUAAUGAGAGUACUGGACAUGUUCUUGUACCGGAUUGCUGUUUUUGGCAGAACAGUCAAUUAUAAGAAGCUGAAGAACUUAUUCAAAACACGGGAAUUUCAAAUCCCUAAGGAGAGGGAGAGGGCAGCUUAUCCUGGAGAGACACUAGAAGAAUACUACAAAAAUGCAACAGAAUGGCGACAACGAAACACAACGAUCUAUAUUCGAAAGAAAGCUAAACAUAACUAGGAAAACAUGUAGUGAAUGUAAACCUAUCUUUCACAGGAGAUAUGGACUUGUGCUGAUGUAAGUGUUAACAAAAGACACUCGGUUGUGAUUCUCCAUAUUGCAAUAUUACAACGUCAACAGUGUGAUAUUCCUACUAAACAAUGAACCUCUUACAAAAAAUAUUUAUUUAUCGUUUAUUUAUUUAUUUAUUUGUUGUUUAACACAUCACUCAGCAAUACUCAAACUAUAUGACUGUGGUCUGUAAAUAAUCGAGUCUGGACCAGAUAACCCACUAUUGACCCAAUGAGCAUCAAUUGGGAUACGGUGACAUGCAUCAACCAAGUUAGCGAGCCUGACCACCCGAUCCCGUUAGUCGCCUCUUACGACAAGCAUAGUCGCCUUUUACGGCAAGCAUGGGUUGCUGAAGAAAUUCACGGGUCUUAUAUCAUCAGUAUCAUCUGAUAGGCUUUUCUUAUUGACGUUUGACUGAAUGAGUCAUUCAGUCUUGCUUGACAAUGGUAUAAGGAUAUAUACCGAAAUGCAAUUACAGCAUGAUAAAGAAGUUGUUAUCCAUAAACGUUUUGUCUACUGAUAGAGCUAAAUAUCAUGUUUCAUAUCUGCCUCAAAUGUUGUGAUUUGUCAUUUGUACCUUCAGUAGUUUCAGUUCAUGUUCACAAUGCAUUUCCUCCUUCUGUUUAGUUUCAUAACAAAAGCAAAACAGUUCUUCAUCGCAAUGAUGGUUCGAGUGUACUUUCAAAUUCGACAGAACAGGUCAUAUCAUUCAACCCAUAAAACUUACAAGAGACAAACGCACAUUUCAGUUGAUUGAGAAAUUAUUGUCGUAACGGCUUUCGGGUGUCCAGUGCAACCCUACUACAGUUACUAAACAUAUUGGCGUUCCUGGUCAUCAUGGUCAGUUAAGCCAUGACUUUGCAACUCGCCUUGUCAGCAUCGGCUCAGUUUAGUCAAGGAGUGAUUGGUCCAUCGGCGCUUACUCCAAAUUGUCUCCAUCAGCAUUCAUACUCGCAUAAUAAAGAAACGCAAAACCAGCUUUAUACUCACAGUUUUACUUUCUCUCAGUCCAUCUAUCAAUAUACGACAGGAUCAGACCGGCCAAGCUCGUCACUAAAUGGGAAAACUUAGAUCGAUCGGGAUUCGACUCGAUCGGUUACAAACCGCGCUCUCCUCUCCUAAUAUUGACGGUAUUAUUUUAUGGUGUUCAAAUCUGGCCUGUCUUUGUCACA